UUCAUUCAUUCAUUCUUGUGUGACCGAUGCAGCUUGUGACUGGCGGUGUUCGCGUUUUCUUUAAUUCUAUUAAUUUAUUUUAAUUUCUUUUUGUUUUAUGAUGAUUGAAGGACGUGCAAAUGAACUACCCGAUUUUCAAGUCUUUCAGACGGUAAUAAAAUACUGUUUGAUCAUUAUUGUCGUCCCAGUGCUUUCAUUCUUUACUGCGAAGAGUGUUAUAUUCGAUGGAAUUUUGCGGCUGGAGCCUAUUACGAGCAGUGUAUACUCCGCUGUAGUUGCAGUCGUCGUUCUACAUCUCACUCUCGGUCUUUACAUAUUCAAGGCAUACUCCGAUUCAGAAAAAUCGGAAAAACCUGUGAAAAAAGACUAAAUUUCUAAGUACUUCGU